AUGCCCUGCUACGAGGUGGCUUUGAUCCUGAGAGCCAUGCAGCAGGCCGCUGCUCUGAAACGUACGAUCCCAACCCUGAUGGGCAGAGGCACGGCAGUGAGGAACCUGGAAAACCUGGGCGAGCACGCGUCCCCGCUUCCCCAGAGGAUCUUCACCCACAGCCAGCGACACACUCGGGGCCGGUACUUCUCGGUGGAUUUUUAUGCACCAACAACUACUGUUGAAAGCAUAAAGGAGUAUUUGUCACGAGAUGAUGUGAUCAGACCGAAUGUUGUAAAAUAUCCUUUGACUCAGGAAGUAAAACCAUGUGAAGGAAUUGUCCCUGUCCCACUUGAAGAGAAAUUAUAUCCAUAUCCCACAAAGAGGAAGAAGUGA